GCGCAGAGUCUCUCCAGUCGGCGGCACUGUUGUCAUUUCCGGGGUAAGAUGGCUGCAGUCCGUAUGCUGAGAACCUGGAGCAGGAAUGCGGGGAAGCUGAUUUGUGUUCGCUAUUUUCAAACAUGUGGUAAUGUUCAUGUUUUGAAGCCAAAUUAUAUGUGUUUCUUUGGUUAUCCUUCAUUCAAGUAUAGUCAUCCACAUCACUUCCUGAAAACAACUGCUGCUCUCCGUGGACAGGUUGUUCAGUUCAAGCUCUCAGACAUUGGAGAAGGGAUUAGAGAAGUAACUGUUAAAGAAUGGUAUGUAAAAGAAGGAGAUACAGUGUCUCAGUUUGAUAGCAUCUGUGAAGUUCAAAGUGAUAAAGCUUCUGUUACCAUCACUAGUCGUUAUGAUGGAGUCAUUAAAAAACUCUAUUAUAAUCUAGAUGAUAUUGCCUAUGUGGGGAAGCCAUUAGUAGACAUAGAAACGGAAGCUUUAAAAGAUUCAGAAGAAGAUGUUGUUGAAACUCCUGCAGUGUCCCAUGAUGAACAUACACACCAAGAGAUAAAGGGCCGAAAAACACUGGCAACUCCUGCAGUUCGCCGUCUGGCAAUGGAAAACAAUAUUAAGCUGAGUGAAGUUGUUGGCUCAGGAAAAGAUGGCAGAAUACUUAAAGAAGAUAUCCUCAACUAUUUGGAAAAGCAGACAGGAGCUAUAUUGCCUCCUUCACCCAAAGUUGAAAUUAUGCCACCUCCACCAAAGCCAAAAGACAUGACUGUUCCUAUACCAGUAUCAAAACCUCCGAUAUUAACAGGCAAAGACAAAACAGAACCCAUAAAAGGCUUUCAAAAAGCAAUGGUCAAGACUAUGUCUGCAGCCCUGAAGAUACCUCAUUUUGGUUAUUGUGAUGAGAUUGACCUUACUGAACUGGUUAAGCUCCGAGAAGAAUUAAAACCCAUUGCAUUUGCUCGUGGAAUUAAACUCUCCUUUAUGCCUUUCUUCUUAAAGGCAAAACAGCAGAUGAACCCAAAGGGGAACAGGAUGAUGGCCAGGAAGAUGCCCAGGAAAGUGAAGCAGUCCUGCAGCACCCCGACCCUGCAGACGGGACAGCCUCCCACGACCACGAUAGAGUUGGCUGCUUCCUUGGGAUUACUACAGUUUCCUAUCCUUAAUGCUUCUGUGGAUGAAAACUGCCAGAAUAUAACAUAUAAGGCUUCUCAUAACAUUGGGAUAGCAAUGGAUACUGAGCAGGGUUUGAUUGUCCCUAAUGUGAAAAAUGUUCAGAUCUGCUCUAUAUUUGACAUCGCCACUGAACUGAACCGCCUCCAGAAAUUGGGCUCUGUAGGUCAGCUCAGCACCACUGAUCUUACAGGAGGAACAUUUACUCUUUCCAACAUUGGAUCAAUUGGUGGUACCUAUGCCAAACCAGUGAUAAUGCCACCUGAAUUAGCCAUUGGGGCCCUUGGAUCAAUUAAGGCCAUUCCCCGAUUUAACCAGAAAGGAGAAGUAUAUAAGGCACAGAUAAUGAAUGUGAGCUGGUCAGCUGAUCACAGAGUUAUUGAUGGUGCUACAAUGUCACGCUUCUCUAAUUUGUGGAAAUCCUACUUAGAAAACCCAGCUUUUAUGCUACUAGAUCUGAAAUGAAGACCGAUAAGACAUUCUUGAACUUUUUGAGCUUCCAAAGCGUAUGUAAACCCUAGCUGUGCCAGCACAUGUUCAUCUUUACAAUUUAUAUUGUAAAUGAUUUGUAUCGUAUGAUUAAGGAUCUAAGGCACAAUAUUUGUCACUGUUCUAUUAGACUUUUUACUGAAAAUGAAUAAUGGUGUAAUGGUUCUCCUUGGGGCUGUCACAUUUUAUAGGUCAGAGUGUGACUUCUUAACAUGGUGCUGACGUUUUUGUGUCAAUGGCUUGAAACUGGCAAGAUUAACAAAAUUAGGCCGGGCACUGUGGUUCACGCCUGUAAUCCCAGCACUUUGGGAGGCCGAGGUGGGCGGAUCACCUGAGGUUAGAAGUUUCAGACCAGCCUGGCCAACAUGGUGAAACCCGGCCUCUACUAAAAAUACAAAAAUUAGCUGGGUGUGGUGGCGGGUACCUAUAAUCCCAGCUACUCGGGAGGCUGAGGCAGGAGAAUCACUUGAACCUGGGAGGUGGAGGUUGCAGUGAGCUGAGAUCGUGCCAUUACACUUCAGCCUGGGCGACAGAGCAAGACUCCAUCUCAAAAACAAAAAAAGACAAAAUUCAUGUUACUUAAAAGACAGGUAGCCAUAUACAGACAGUAUGUGCCCUAUUUUUUUUUAACUGACUCUUAAUGAAACUUUUUAAUUUUACUUAAUUAAGAAACGGAAUUUAUAUACAAAAAUAUUUUCCAUUUCCCUGUUAUCAUGCUAAUUGUUGUAUAAAAUAAGUGCAAUUAUACUUCUCUUUUGAGAUAUCCAAGAGUGUAUUCUUGCUCUGUAUAGAGAAUAUCAUCUGAUAAUGUCUUAUUUAUAUUAAUUAAUGUCUUUGAAAAGGGAAAAGUAUAAACUGGCCUCAAAAAUGUCCAAUUAUAGUUUUAUAACCAGUCUAUUAAAGGUGUUUGUUUAAAAUGGAUAUACUUUUAGAUUUGUGGUAAUGCUUUGGUAUUUUCUUGGGGAAGACCUUCACCUUUGCAAACUUGCCUCAUGUAAGGAAGGUACUUUAAAUGUAGCAGCCACUGACAUUUCUUUUUUAAAAAAAAAUUUCAGAAGUCUACUUCCUUUUAACUUUUUUGGUCUUCAGCUAAAAAAUAGGAUAAGAAAUUAAGGUCUAUUCAUUCUCCAUAUCCUGGGUAAGAAUGUAAAUAAGAGGAGAAGGAAGAGUCUAAUAGUAAUUAUGGAUAUAAAAAAUAAGAAAUUUUGUAUAGAAAUGAAGGUUUCAUAAUGAUCAUUUUGUUAAAGGUCUACUUUAAUCAGAAAUAGCAACGAGAUGAAUGUAUCCAACAUUUCAAUUUGCAUUCGGAAAUCCAUGUUGUUUCUAAUAUUGUCCAGUUGAAAACUGUAUGCCAAAAUUAGUUGUUUAAGUGAAGUUUUGUGACAGAAAAAAGGUUGUUUUAAUAUCUACUUGGUUUUUCUCAAAAUGGAAAUAAUUUUAAAAUCUGGAAACAAUAAAUCAGCCAGGUGUGACGACUUGUAACUGUAAUCCGAAUUAUAGGGGAGGCUGAAGCAGGAGGAUCACUUGAGGCCAGGAGUUUGAGACCAGCCUGGGGAACAUAGUGAGAUCCCAUCUCAAAAAAAAUUAUUUUUAAAAUUAGCCUGGUGGCUCACACCUGUAAUCCCAGCACUUUGGGAGGCCGAGGCAGCCAAAUCACCUGAGGUCAGGAGUUCGAGACCACCCUGGCCAACGUGGUGAAACCCCGUCUCUACAGUUUUGUAAAAAUACAAAAAAUUACCUGGGCCUGGUGGCACACAUCUGUAGUCCCAGCUACUCGGGAGGCUGAGGCAGGAGAAUUGCUUGAGCCUGAGAGGUGGAGGUUACAGUGAGCAGAGAUCACACCACUGCACUCCAGCCUGGGUGACAGAGCAACACUUUGUCUCAAAAAAAAAAAAAACCCAAAAA